AUGGGCGGCCCCGGUGCCGCGGGAGAGUCCAAGCCCCUGAGGCGGCCGGACGUCCGGGCGUCUGUUGGUGGCCCCUCCGUGGGGACGGAGGCGGCCGCGUCCUCUGGGGUGGUGGCCGAGGGGGAGAGGGGGGUCGCGGGGGGAGGUGAGCGUCCAGGGGAGGCGCGGAAGUCCCAGCCCACCUGCGAGGCCAAAAGGCUUGGCCCGGAGGAGGCGACAGGGCAAGGCUUGGGCUGGACGGGGCGGCUGGCCUGGUGCGGGCGCCCUGGCCACGGGGCCAGGGAGAAGCCAUGGAGCUUGGGCCAAAAGGGGGUGCGUGCCGAAGCGCUGCCGAGGCCCCUGCCUGGCCACCGAGAGCCACCCGCCCGCCCUGCCAAUCCACCUGCCCCGCCGGCAGCGCCCUCAAAACGCCGUGCGCCUCCUCCCCUUCCACCGCCGCUCAACCUGGGGACCCGCUCCGGCCUCAGCACCUCAGCACGCCGGCCUCCCGCGCUCCGGGCUCCCGGCUGCCACCGGGCCUGGCCACCGGGGUCCUGGAGACGUGCAAAAGGUUGGCCAGCUGCGUUGGCCGGGAAUCAAACCCGGGUCAACUGCUUGGAAGGCAGCUAUGCUCACCACUAUACCACCAACGCUGCACAGCCCGGGCCGCCCCCAGACGCACGCCCAGGGUUCGGCCCCGGCGUCUGCACCCGCUCUGGUCACCGCCUCUGGUCACCGCCUCGGCGGCCCAGCGCGCCUCGGCCCUGCCCCGACGACCCGCCCAUCCACAGCGCCGCGCUGCCGCACGGGCCAGCAGCGGCCGCCCGCCGUCCCACCCGCGCCAGCCCCACGCGGCUGGGCGGCUCCGUGGGCCCGCCCGCCUGCCAACCGCCUCUGGGGGGCGCUGGCGCCGCCCGGCCGCUCCUGGUACCACCCCCCACCCCCCACCCCCCUUUUGCCGGCCGGGAAACCCCGUCCCCCGAGAUCCGCGUCCUUCCGACCACGUGCUCGCCCCCGGCGUUCUCCACAGGCCGGACCGGGCAGCGUCGAAUCACCGGGGAGCCCGGGGCGGCCGGCCACUCGUCAGGCGCCCUGGGCACGACGGAAGGCCCUGGCUGGACUGUGGCGAGCCCGCAGGCGCGCGGCCCCGACGCCGAGGAACGCAAAAGGGUGGCGGUGGUGGACGGGGAGCAGGCGGGCGGCCGUCGUGGCCCUGGCGGCCUCUGGCCGCACGCUGGAGGAAGGAGGACAAGCGGGGAUACUCACCACUAUACUAACGAGGACGGCGGCGGCCAUCCGGCCGCCCGACCCCUCUGCGCCUGCCUGCCCACGCCUACCCCUGCCCUCGACGCCCCGCCUUCCAUCGGCGCCCGCCGCCUGCCGCACCGGACCCGACCCCAAACCAACGUCGUCCGCCAUCCCAGCAGCCCCACUGCCCGACUCGGGGCGGACCCCGCACCCGGACGCCCGCCCAAUACUCCCCGGGCGCCGCGGCCUCUGGCCUGCCAGGCGGGGAUCGCGCGGGGAGAAGCCGCCCCACAGGACAAGCGAGGCUGCGACCAGGAGGACGGGCGCCCACGAAGGGCAGAGGCCGAGGAGGGCGAGGGGGAGGAGCGGGGGGUGGGGUGGGGCGGGGAGCUGCCAGAGAGGCGGGCCCGACGCCGCCCUCUGGGUGCGCGGUCGGGGCUGUGCGAGGGCGGAGGCGCCAGGCGAGUCGGCGGGCUGUGCUCCCGCUCGGCGGCGGCGCGCGUCCCCUCGCUGGCGCACACACGCCGCCGCCAGCCUGCGGCAGCCUUGGCGCCGGGUCCCAGCCAGGCGAGCGGCGACGCGCUCAGCCCCGUCGUCAGGAUGGCCGAGCGGUCUAAGGCGCUGCGUUCAGGCUCGUGCCCGCAUGAACAGUGCCUCGCUCUCAGAGCCGUGCGCCUCCGCCACCGGGAGCAGCCGGUGGCCCGCGCCGCCCACGAGCCUUUUCCACCUGGACGCCUUCCCCUGGCCACACCUGCCUGCCUCCGGCCGCGGACCCAGGUGGCCCAGCCACCUGCUGGCGGGCCCACCACGCGGCCCUGCCGUCAGUGGGCCUGGCCCAGGAGUCCAACCCGGCAUUAUUGCUCCUCCCCCGAGCGCUGGGCGGAAGGAAGCCCUGCAUCCCCAGGCCUCCCACCUGGGCGCCCCAAGCCCGGCCCGCCCGGCCAGAACCCGAGGACCCCAGCGCGCUCCCUCAACGCGCUCCCUGUCCGCCAGCUAGCCAGCAGCGCCUCCGCCAGCGCUCCUGCCUCUCCACCACCGGCCCGAGUUGGACCCCCAGGGAGAGCUCCCGGCCAGAGCUCAGACACCUCGCUUCGCUCUCCUGGCCUCAGCGGUACUCGGCGGCGCCCGCGGCGCUCGGGGGCCUCCAUGUCCUAUGCACGACACGCGUGCGGCGCGCACGAGCCCCCGCAGACACCCACCCCACCACCCACACACCCCCACCCACACUCCCGCCACUCCACGGCACCCCACGUGCGCACACACGGCCGCGGCUCCGUUCCCCAGCCCCGCGGGAUCGCGCCCACACGGCCCGGGCGGGAAAGCCAUCCGCCAAUGGGCCUUUGGGGUGGGCGGAGAGUAGCUGCCCAAGGGAACGGCGGCGCUCAGCGGCACCUGCCCCAGACGAUCGCCCGCGGUGGGUGGUGUUGGGGCUCUGGCCCGGCUUCCUCCGGCUCCUGGCUUCCGCGGGCGACCCCGGCAGGGCAGCGUCUGGCGGCGGCCCUGGACCAGGGAGAAAACGCAGGAGGAGCCUAG